CGGACAGGAAGCAGCUAAAUACAAUGGGACCAGGGAGCCUGAUAGUGCUUUAAUUGAAAGAGCUGGACCCGGUUACUGAAAGAUGGAAGUGGAUUUGCUGGACACCCUGGAGGCCCUGGGGUAUGAGGGUCCUUUGCUGGAGGAGACGAUGCUAGCCAAGGCUUUAGAAGACGGCCUUGCAUCACCUGAAUAUACUCAACUGCUUUGCUGGUUGAGCUCACAGAUUAAGCUGCUGGGAAAUUUAGAAGAAAGCAUUAGCUCGGAAGGUGAAGAUGUGGAGAGUGUUCAGUUGGAAGUGAGUGGAUUUUUAAAGGAGCUUUCCUGUCCGUAUCCUGCACUUGUUUCUGGAGACAUCAAGGAUAGACUUCAAUCCAAGGAGGACUGUCUGAGGCUGCUGUUAUUUCUAGGCACAGAGCUUCAAGCCCUGCAGAUCUUCCAUAGCAGGAAGCAAAUGGACACAGAGAAGAAUGACCCUGCCCACCUGGAAUUGAAAGCAAUAUGUGACGCACUCCACUUACCUGAGCAGCCUUCUUCUGAUAUCAUGUCAAUACUGAAGAUUGUGGAGGCCAAGGUCACAGACAUUAUGUCUCAAGUGAACACCAAGCACGUUGGACCAAUGUUGCUUAAAUCGGAACUGAAUGAAGAACAGCUGGACAGCCUGGAGAAAAUAAACGAAGCCCUUUCCAAGGAAUAUGAGUGUCGACGCAGGAUGUUAAUAAAGCGUCUGGAUGUGACUGUUCAAUCGUUUGGAUGGUCAGACAGAGCAAAGGCAAAAACAGAUGAGAUUGCAAGGGUUUAUCAGCCAGCACGUUACUCUUUGUGUCCCAAGCCUGCUGUUUCACUGGCAAACCUCCUUGCUGCCCGAGAGGAUUUCUCCAGAAUUGUACGCACUAGCAGUGGAGAGAUUCGGCAAAAAACAGUGUGUGCUGUAAAUAAGGUCUUGAUGGGGAGAGUUCCUGACAGAGGAGGCAGACCUAGAGAGAUUGACCCACCACCACCAGAAAUGCCACCUUGGCAAAAACGUCAGGAUGGUGGAAGAGGAGGAUGGAGAGGAGGUGGUGGUGGUGGUAGAGGUGGUGGCUUUGGUAGAGGAAGUUCUAAUGCUGGAGGAAGGAAUUUUGGAAGAGGUGGUUAUCAAGGUACUGGGGGAUACAGCAGAGGAGGAGGCCAGAGAUGGUAGUUAUACUUGGAUGAAAAGAAUGACUCCUGUCGCCAAACAUGAGAACGUUUCAGUAUUAAUUGUUUGAAACCUCUUUUGUGUCACAUCAGGAAAUAUGUAUCCUUUUACCCAGGGGACUUAAUAUGAGAAGAAUCACCUGUGUGGCAGGUAGUAACAACUUAUGAACAUUUUUACCAUAUUCCCGGAGGUGGACCUUUUCAGGGGACUGAAGGUCAGAUUACUUUUGGAGUAGCUCAGCUGUUUGCUCUUCAGUGUGUGGGUUGUUUUUUUGUUUUUUUUGUAUUGUGGACUGCAUUUUGCUUAUCCUCUAGUUUAUGGUAAACAAUGCUAAAAAUGUGACUACCAUGCAAUGAUCAAAUGGUUUAAUUAACUAUUUAUGCAUAGGAUUUUUUACAAAUAAUAAUGAAAAAGGAAAAAAAAAAAAUCACCGUGGGUAACCUAUUCUAGGAACACCUGAACCUUUUUAUACUAGAGCUUGUUUUUAAUCCAAUAGAAGACUAUUUUAUACAACCUGCCAUAUGAAAUGCUUUGCUUUAAUUGAGAAUCUCACUUUAAUUGUUUGGCUCGUGCAACACGUGUGAAGUUGUUUCAAUGUAUACAAUUAAAAUGGAUAUGCUGUGAAA